AUGCCUAAGGCUAGAGUCAAAAUGUUGGAAGCACGACUAGAACAGGCAAGCCUUCUCAAGCGCGUCGUCGACGCCAUCAAGGAUCUCGUGCAGGACUGCAACUUCGAUUGCAAUGACUCGGGAAUCGCCCUCCAGGCGAUGGACAACUCACACGUGGCCCUGGUCUCCAUGCUGCUCAAGGCCGAGGGUUUCUCGCCCUAUCGCUGCGACCGCAACAUCGCGCUCGGCAUCAACCUGGUCUCCCUGACCAAGGUUCUGCGUGCGGCUCAGAACGAAGAUAUCCUCACACUCAAGGCGGACGACUCGCCCGAUGCCGUGAACCUGAUGUUCGAGAGCGCCGAGACAGAUCGGAUAAGCGAGUAUGAUAUCAAGCUGAUGGACAUUGAUCAAGAACAUCUGGCUAUCCCCGAGACAGAGUACGCCGCGUUGGUGGAGAUGCCGUCAUCGGAAUUCCAGCGGAUCUGCAGAGAUCUUUCGGGGCUAUCUGAGUCUGUGGUCAUUGAGGCUACAAAGGAAGGUAUCAAGUUCUCGUGCCAGGGUGAUAUUGGCAGCGGCUCGGUUACCAUCCGCCAGCAUACCAGUGUGGACAAGCCCGAGCAGAAUGUUUCCAUUGCCCUGAACGAACCUGUCGCUCUCACUUUCUCCCUCAAGUACCUGGUCAACUUCUGCAAGGCUACGUCUCUGUCAAGCACGGUUUCUCUUGGCCUGUCGCAGGAGGUGCCACUGCUCGUUGAGUACGGCCUCGGAAGUGGCCACCUGAGGUUCUACCUCGCCCCGAAGAUCGGAGACGAGGAGUAA